UCUGGGUACUCAGUGAGUGGGAGGUUAAACAGCGCACAGUAUCACAGUAUUCAUACCUGCACGUUCGGACGGGUUUGAACGGCACGCGCGCUCGCUGCAUUUCUCUUUUUAUUUUAGCCAUAAUAAUGAUGAUGAUGAUGAUGCUUGUCGUGGUGGGCUCCGGGGUGGUGGCGUUAAUCCUGAGACUGAUGUCGCCUCACAUCAGGAAAUAUGCGUCAGGUGGAGUGUGUAUGUCCACGGCACGUCUGGACGGCCAGACAGCGCUGAUUACAGGAGCGAACACAGGGAUCGGGAAAGAGACGGCGAUGGACCUGGCUGCACGCGGUGCGCGGGUGAUUCUGGCCUGUCGUGAUGUGGAGAAAGGUGAGGAGGCGGCGGCAGAGAUACGCGCACGUGUGGGUGGUGCACAGGUGGAGGUGCGAGAACUCGACCUGGCGGAUACCUACUCGAUACGAGCGUUUGCACAGAGAUUCCUCCGAGAGGUGAGUCACCUGCACAUCUUGAUUAACAACGCUGGCGUGAUGAUGUGUCCUUACAUGAAGACUGCAGACGGCUUCGAGAUGCACCUGGGAGUCAAUCAUCUGGGUCACUUCCUGUUGACGUUCCUGCUGAUCGGUGUGUUGAAGCGCAGCGCGCCGUCCCGCAUCAUCGUCAUCUCGUCUCUGGCGCAUUAUUUCGGCUGGAUCCGAUUCCACGACCUGCACAGUCAAGGGAGCUACAACAGCGGCCUGGCCUACUGCCAGAGCAAACUGGCUAACGUGUUGUUCACCAGGGAGCUAGCGCGCAAGCUAACAGGCUUGAAUGUGACGGUGAACUCGGUGCACCCGGGCACGGUGAGGUCCGAUUUGGUGCGUCACUCCACACUGAUGUCUCUGGUGUUCGCUCUGUUCUCCAUAUUCCUGAAAACACCGCAAGAGGGGGCGCAGACCUCCAUCUACUGCGCAGUGGCUGAGGAACUGCACUCCAUCACAGGAAAGCACUUUAGUGACUGCGCUCCAGCCUCUGUCGCACCUCAGGGCCGCUGCGAUGAAACCGCUCGGAGGCUGUGGGAUGUCAGCUGCGACCUCCUCGGUAUCGAAUGGGACUGAGCUCACACUUCACAAGAUCCAUCACAGACCCCUACAGUCAUCACACCCCGUCACGUGACAUGCAUUCUGUUCUACAGAUUUGCCAAACACAUUUAUUACCACUUUAAGCUUAUUUAAGAAUCUGGACCUGGGAUCCCGGUGUGGUCUCAUUUCCACGUCGCUGUAGGGCACCAUUUUGGUUUUGUUUCUUCGGUACAAAAUUUGACCUCAUGUUUCAUACACAUUUCACUUCCUCUCCACUGCAGCUGCCUAGAAUUGUACUGGUUUUAUACAGAAGUCAAUUUGUUUUUACUACUGUUACAUUCAUGACAAGAGAAUUGAAAUAUUUAAUAUUAUAUAAAUAUAUAUAUAUAUAUAAAUUGUGUGGAAAAAACUAUUUCCUACUUUUCUUAUAUCUCGCAUGAUGACCAGUCGUGGUCCAAGCACAUUUAAGAGCAUUUCUAAAAAUUGAAGCGUGAAAGAUUUUAUAGCUGUUUUUAGAUGAAAUACACACAUUCAGGUAUUUCUGUAAUUGUGGGGACUGGACUGGAGGAUGUUAAAAGCACAUAACUGUAACAAAAAUGCUUGUUGUUGUGCCGUAUGGAGAGAACGAGAUCAUGUGGAAAUAGAAAAUGACUGAAUUAGGAGGGGGAAAAAAAUCUUGUUAAGAUUAGAAGUUGCACUUUUUAGGUUUCCAGGCAUUUAGCCUUGGAAAAAUUAUCCUUUUUUUUUCCCUUUAGUGGUCCAAGAACUUUGUGUUAAAAUCUUAUUGUUCUGUCCGGUCCUUCUUCUUCUCCUUUUUUUUUCUUCACUGGAUAAACAUUAGUGUAAGUCAAUGAAAUGGACUCAAAGUAAUAAAAACCAAUAUGUAUACAACAAUUUAACAAGAAAAAAAAUGAUGAAUUACAAUCAA